AUGAGUAAUACUAUUUUCCGAAUCUUUAAUCCUGGCGAGCCGAAGGAAAACCCCGUUGAGAAAAGACGGGCCCAGCUCCGGCGAGCGCAACAAUCAUAUCGCAACCGCAAGGACAGAUAUGCUAGAACUCUCGAAGAUGAGUUGGCCAAAUCUCGGUCUAGCGAGGCAGAAUUAAUGCGUGAAUGCGCACAGCUUCGUUCGAAUCUUCAAGUCGCUGUUGAUCAGCUCGCCCAACACGGCAUAGGCUUCCCUUCCGAAGUCAAGUCCAAAGAUCCUACCUAUACAAGUAGUGAAUGGCCCAUCUUGUCCAGCACAACCGCAUCAUCAAGCGGCCUGUCACCCAAUUAUGGCACAGGUGGCCAAGCUGUGGAUAUAGUACCCUCUCCGCAGCUCAUCUCGCCAAGUUCUUUCGGUGACUUUUACAAUUCGCCUGGGAGCUCACCGGGUCCCAUUCUAUUUGCACAAGGGGUUUUGUCUAACUCUCGCGUGUGUGAGGUGGAUCAGAUUGUUGCAGGCAUGGAGUUUGUGUUAAAGAUUGAGGAGCCCUGUCUAGGCCAUUUCCACGGCGACCCAAAGAAACCCGACGAACCAGCCAACCAUGCCAUGACCGCCUCCGCACACCUUGUCGCCGCGUGCGACUACCUAUCGCCAAACAGCAAUUCCCCUCCGCCGGUAUCUCCGGCCUUUGGUAAUAUACCGAAAGGUAUGCUAGAUCGAUUGCUAGCUCUGGCGCCGGACUUGUCUGAUGAAGGAGACAUGACGCCAAUUCAAGCGUGGAAUAGCAUCCGGUGUAGGCCAAAUUUUGGUGGGUUUGAUAUACGGAGCUUGGGCACGCUUGCUACGAAAUUGAAGAAGGCUGUAAAGUGCCACGGGUUUGGCGCGGUUGUAAAACAAUCUGUUUUUGAGAGCUUGGUACGCGAAACACUUGUAGUUGGACGGAACUUUUAA